AUGGGACUGGAAACGGAGAGAGAGGGAGGGAGGGAGAGGAAGAGGAAGAGAGGUGAGAGCUGCUGCAGAACAACAUUUAGCCCGGCCGAGGUUAAACGGCUCACAGCGGCACAUCUGCUCCAUCUACACAUUACUACUGCUGGGAUAGACAUGUUCCCAAAGUGGUCCCAGCCUCUGGCCUGUGGGACAAUGUUCUUUGUGGUUUUCAUCCUGACCUUUGCCCUCUCAGUGACUUCACUACCCGCUGACGUAGAGAAGGGGAGGAGAAAAGUGGUGCAUGUUCUCGAGGACGACACCGGAGCGGUCAUUGUGCAGACAGCUCCGGGUAAAGUGGUGACACAUCGCGGUGGCUCCAUCACUCUGCCCUGCAGAUUCCAUCACGAGCCGGAGAACAGCGACCCGGAUCGCAUCCGGAUUAAAUGGACCAAAGUGACAGACGCUCUGCAGUUUGAGGACGUCUUUGUGGCACUCGGGAGGCAGCAGCGUGUGUUUGGGGUGUACCAAGGCCGUGUGUUUCUGGAGCAGGCGGGACCAGGCGACGCCUCAGUCAUCAUCCAAAACGUCACCCUGGAUGACUAUGGACGCUACGAGUGUGAAGUCACCAACGACAUGGAAGAUGACACAGGAUUUGUCAACCUAGACCUAGAGGGAGUGGUGUUUCCCUACUACCCCCGUGAGGGGCGCUAUAGGCUCAACUACCUCCAGGCUGAGGAUGCCUGCAAACAGCAAGACGCCAUCCUGGCCUCCCACUCUCAACUUCACAAGGCCUGGCUCGAGGGACUGGACUGGUGUAAUGCUGGAUGGCUGGAGGAUGGCUCAGUCCAGUACCCUAUCUCUCAUCCCAGAGACGAGUGCGGCCGCAAGGACACCCCCGCUGGUGUUCGUAACUAUGGCUACAGGCAUAAGGAGGAUGAGCGCUACGAUGCUUUCUGUUUCACUUCCAAGCUGAAUGGCAAAGUGUACUUCCUCAAACGCUUUAAGAAGGUGAACUAUGCAGAGGCGAUGAAGGCUUGCAUUCGAGAUGGUUCUGUGGCGGCCAAAGUGGGUCAACUGUACGCAGCGUGGAAGUUCCAGCUCCUGGACCGCUGUGAAGCCGGUUGGCUGGAGGAUGGCAGCAUUCGUUACCCCAUAGUCAACCCCCGCUCUCGCUGUGGAGAAUCCCAGCCAGGUGUCCGGCACCUGGGCUUCCCUGAUAAAAAAUUCCGCCUCUACGGGGUCUACUGUUUCCUCAAGAACAAGGACGAUAAAGCAGGAGGUUCUGAAAUGACAAAAAGCCGCACAGAUAGUUUGACAAGGAGGAAGAGCAGCAACAGCAUCCCCAUGAAUGCCACAAGCGUGAUUUAA